UCUCUCUUCAUUCAGAUAACAACUCUAAUAACCUUUUCAUUCUCAUCUUCAAAACUCACCUUGAAGUUAUGGCCAUUUUCAAGGCUCUUCUAUUUUCAAUUCUCAUUUCUCAAAUCAUCGUGAUUGUCGUGGAAUCGGAUACAAGGGUUGUUAUCGAGAACCCAUUAGAACGAUCAAGUUCUAAUCCUUCUCCUUCACCUCUAACCAUAGAUUGUGAUGGUGAAUGCAAUAGAAGGUGUGAAUUAUCAUCAAGACCAAAUCUAUGUAAGAGGGCAUGUGGAACUUGUUGUGAAAGGUGCAAUUGUGUGCCUUCGGGUACUAGUGGUCACUACGAAGAAUGUCCAUGCUAUGCAAAUAUGACUACUCGUGGUGGAAGACACAAAUGUCCUUAAUUAAUUACAUUAAUUGUGUUCUAAUAUGAAUAUAAACGUUUGUAAUAAAUUAGUUUGGUUGUUAUAUCUAUGCACUUUAGGUGGUGCAUAGUUACUUAUUACUAAAGUGAAGUUUCUCACUUUGCUUUCUUUUUAAGGAUUUUUUCCUCAUCUUUCAUUCAUGUCUUAAAGAUAUAUA